AUGGAGAGGAACACAGCAGACCUAGUGACGCAACUCAACGUGGCUCAUGACUUUCCUUACGAUUCUCUCGUACGCUACUGUACUUCCAACGUUUCCGGCUUCCCUCAACCCCCCACUCGUUUCACCGUUUCCCAGUUUGGGCAUGGACAAUCCAACCCCACGUACUUGUUGGAAGUGGGUUCUCAUGACUCCGUCGUUAAGCGCUAUGUUCUCAGGAAGAAACCUCCCGGGAAAUUGCUCGCUUCAGCUCAUGCCGUUGAGAGAGAAUUUCAGGUUCUCCAGGCAUUGGGUGCUCAUACCGAAGUUCCGGUUCCUAAGGUUUUCUGUUUGUGCAAUGAUCCAAAUGUUAUCGGAACCGCAUUUUAUAUCAUGGAAUUUUUGGAAGGGCGCAUAUUCAUUGACUCCAAGUUACCGGGUGUGGCACCUCAGAGGAGGAGGGAAAUUUACAGGGCAACUGCUAAAGCCUUAGCUUCCAUACAUUCUGCUAAUGUGGAGUCCAUUGGUCUGGGAAAAUAUGGUCGACGCAAUGAUUAUUGCAAAAGACAGAUUGAGAGGUGGGCUAAGCAAUAUAUUGCCUCAAGCAGUGAGGGUAAACCUGCAAGUAAUCCAAAAAUGUUUGCCUUGAUUGAUUGGCUACGGCAUCAAAUCCCUCCUGAAGAUUCUUCAGGAGCAACAGGAGGUCUGGUUCAUGGAGAUUUUCGAAUUGACAAUCUUGUGUUCCACCCCACAGAGGAUCGAGUAAUUGGAAUACUUGACUGGGAACUGUCUACCCUUGGUAACCAAAUGUGUGAUGUUGCAUAUAGCUGUAUGACUUAUAUUGCAGAUAUUGGGCCUGAGAAAGUGCGUGAAGGUAUGGAACGUUCUGGACUACCUGAGGGAAUUCCUUCACUACCAGAAUAUUUGGCUGAUUACUGUUCUCAAGCAGAGAGAAAAUGGCCUGUUGCUGAAUGGAAGUUCUAUAUUGCCUUUUCUUUGUUCCGUGGGGCUUCAAUUUUUGCAGGAGUUUAUAAUAGAUGGGUUAAGGGUAAUGCAUCAGGAGGUGAGCGGGCACGACACACAGGAGUACUUGCUAAUGGCCUUAUAGAUGCUGCUUGGGAAUUUAUUGAACAAAAAUCUGUGCUUCCUCAGCAUCCUCCCUCAGAUUCAAAUGCACGAGACUAUUCGAAAGAGUUCAUGAAUGGGAAUCAUGUACAGGGUCUACCAAAUCAGGGGAAGUUUGUUCCUAGUCAAAAGGUUUUGGCACUGAGGAACAAAUUAAUUAAGUUUAUGGAGGAACACAUUUACCCCAUGGAAAAUGAAUUUUAUGAACUUGCCCAAUCCAAAUCACGUUGGACUGUUCACCCAGCAGAGGAAAAGUUAAAGGAGAUAGCAAAGAGAGAAGGCUUGUGGAACUUAUGGAUUCCUCUUGAUAGUGCCGUGAGAGCAAGAAACCUUAUCUUUGAUGGGAGAAAUAAUCAUCUCUCUUCUGAUGCAAAUGACUUGUUAUUGGGAGCUGGCCUCACAAAUCUCGAAUAUGGAUACCUUUGUGAGAUCAUGGGUCGUUCUAUUUGGGCUCCACAAAUAUUUAAUUGUGGUGCACCUGACACAGGUAAUAUGGAGGUAUUACUGCGUUAUGGAAAUAAAGAGCAACUACAAGAAUGGCUAGUUCCUUUGCUUGAGGGGACGAUUAGGUCUGGAUUUGCUAUGACAGAACCACAAGUUGCAUCUUCCGAUGCAACUAAUAUUGAAUGUUCUAUGACAAGGCAAGGAGAUUCAUAUAUUAUCAAUGGGACAAAAUGGUGGACAAGUGGUGCUAUGGAUCCAAGAUGUAGAAUUCUUAUAGUCAUGGGGAAAACUGACUUCAAUGCAGCGAGGCAUAAACAGCAAUCUAUGAUCUUAGUGGAUGUCCAGACCCCUGGUGUUCACAUAAAGAGACCAUUGACGGUGUUUGGCUUUGAUGAUGCUCCUCAUGGGCAUGCAGAAAUAACAUUUGAAAAUGUUUGUGUGCCAGCAAAAAACAUCAUACUGGGUGAAGGACGUGGAUUCGAGAUUGCUCAAGGUAGGCUUGGUCCUGGAAGGUUGCACCAUUGUAUGAGGUCGAUAGGUGUUGCUGAGCGAGGCAUGCAGUUGAUGGUUCAAAGAGCCAUCAGUAGAAAAACAUUUGGGAAGUUCAUUGCUCAAUAUGGUUCAUUUCUUUCAGAUAUGGCCAAGUGCCGAAUAGAGCUAGAGAGGACCAGAUUGUUAGUGUUGGAAGCCGCAGACCAACUUGAUAGGCAUGGGAACAAAAAAGCUCGAGGGAUACUAGCAAUGGCAAAGGUAGCUGCACCAAACAUGGCACUGAAGGUGCUUGACAUGGCAAUGCAAGUGCAUGGAGCAGCUGGUGUUUCAUCUGAAACUGUCCUGGCUCAUCUCUGGGCAGCUUCUAGGACACUUAGAAUUGCAGAUGGUCCAGAUGAAGUUCACUUGGGGACCAUAGCCAAGUUAGAACUGCUGAAAGCCAAGCUUUGA